AUGCGUGAUGACAUCUUCAAACGCCUUACGUUUGGUAUCAAGAAAACACCGAGACAAAUAGCUGCUGAACAUGAAGACAAUGAUGGCCAUGCUUCUCUACGAUUACGAGUUCUUCCUGAGAAUAUAAAAGAGGAGCUUAGAAAUUUGCGCAAAAGACAGAGUGGGGAGCAAAUUCUGGUUGAAACCAAAGAAGACGAUCAAGUCGAGGAAGGUUUCAAGCUGUUUUCUGAUGGUGGUGUUCCAAAGAGCAUCAAGACAUCUUCCAAAAGGCUUCCUGUGAGUUCAGACGAUGUGCCAAGUAACAGUGCUGAGAUACAGAAGCAGAUCGCUGAAAAGAUUCAUCAGCUUCGACGAUCAAAUCGAAUAUACACAUGGGGUGAAGACAUUUCUGAUCCUUUCAUAGACUUCAAAGACCUCAAUUUGCCGUCUGUAUUAAUGUCUUCCUUAGAUGAGUUCGGCAUCGGAGAGCCCACCCCAAUUCAGAUGCAGGCAAUACCCCUCAUGAUGAAGCAUCGUGAUAUUUUGGCGAGUGCCCCCACAGGAUCCGGGAAAACCCUGGCGUUUGCUAUUCCUGUAAUUAUGGAUGUAUUGAAAUUAAAAAAGCUGAGUAAGUACAAGGAUGGCACGAAGUUAUUGGCAGUGGUCCUUGAACCAACCAGAGAAUUAGCAUCACAGACAUAUCGUCAGUUCCUCAAGUUCGGCCAGGGGCUCCCAAUUAAAGCCGCUCUAUUUGAAAAUGAGGAAGUUCCACAGAAUGUUGAUGUGCUUGUUUCUACUCCGAAUCGUCUCGCCCACCAUUUGCAAGACAUGCAGCUCAAGUUUUUAAGGUGGCUGAUUGUCGAUGAAAGCGACCGCUUGUUCGAGGUUGUUGAAGGUCAAGAGCGAUGUUUCAGGAACCAGCUCGCCAGCGUGUACAAGGCUUGCGAUGGGAAAUUCACUCGGAGAGCGUUUUUCAGUGCUACGUUUUCUUAUGAGGUGGAAGAGUGGUGUAAAGAGAAUUUGAACAAUGUUGCAAUGGUCUGCAUUGGUGAAAGAAACUCAGCAAAUGCUAAUGUGACGCAAGAGCUGGUGUUUGCUGGUUCGGAACAAGGAAAACUUCUUGCCAUUCGGACGCUUCUUCAGACGCAGUUUGAGCCACCCGGCGCUCAUUUUUGUGCCAGGCCAUCAGCAAAAGAGGUCUGGCGCGUGAGCUCCGUCUGCGUUGUCCCUCAUAUUACGCCCCCAAUCCUGUGGCUCCUCAUCAAGGCCAGUGGGAAUUCUCAGAGUGAAGGUCGUACCGGACGUGCUGGUCGUCGAGGACGUGCCAUAACAUAUUUUACCGAGUCAGAUACAAAGUACUUGAGAUCAAUUGCUACCGUCAUUCAUCAGGCAGGAUUUGAGGUUCCGGAGUACACGUUGAGUUUAAAACCUCUAAGCAGAAAUGAGAAGAAGCAACUCGUACGCCAUGCACCGAAACGGAAACACAUAGCGUUUGUGAAAAAGAAGAAGAAGAAGGCUGUCCAAGCUGAAAAUGGUAGUAAACAGUCCGAUGAACCAGUCGAUAAGAAGGCAAAGGUUGAAAAAGCUGCUGUGAAAUCCAUUGCUGACAAUAAGCUUCAUGGUGAUAUU